AGCGAUAGGAGAAAGACAUUGCCAUCACCACCAUCGUCGCUCUUUUCAUCGUCGUCGAUCAUCGAAAUUCUCUUCAUUGUCUGAGCUCCCAUCGAUACCAAUUGUAAUACGCGGGCGUUGCUCCCACGCGCUCAAAAUGCGCCGGGCUUUCCAGAGAUGCUCAGCAUCCCUCACACGACCAUUGUCGACUCUCACAUCCUCCCCACGAGCAGCACAACAAUGUCUCAGGGCGCAGGAAGCCGUAUCGAUAACGAGGACUGUGACGUUCCCUGCCACGCGCAGCCUGCACCAAUCCUCGAGACUCCGCGAUGCCGCCACCGAGCAAUCGAUCGCUACAGAACCCGUGGCGAGGUUUACGGAUUUGGGCUCGAAGAAUAUCAUCCAUCCGAACGUGAUUCGAGCAAUCACCGAUGACAUGGGUAUCGACACGAUGACGGAAGUACAACAGCGGACAAUACACGAGGCACUGAAAGGGCAAGAUGUAAUUGCGCAGGCGAAGACAGGCACAGGCAAGACGCUAGGGUUUUUGCUCCCCGUCGUGCAGAGAAUAAUCAACGAAGAUCCGUCCAUCGCGGAGCGUGGGCGAGGACGCCGCGGCCCCCGAACAACAGCCGAUGACAUUCGAGGCUUGAUCAUCUCUCCUACACGAGAGCUGGCAGAGCAAAUUGCGGCCGAGGCGAAGAAACUGUGCAGGAACACCGGUAUCAUCGUUCAGACUGCAGUUGGAGGUACACAGAAGUCUCAAGGCUUGAGGGCCAUCCAGCGCGAAGGCUGUCAUCUUUUGGUUGGCACUCCUGGACGUCUAAAGGACAUUCUCUCCGACCAGUACAGUCGAGUGGAGGCGCCAGAUCUUCAAGCGCUGGUUUUCGAUGAGGCCGACAGACUGCUGGACCAAGGCUUCUGGCCAGAGGUACAGGAGAUCAUGCGCAUGCUUCCCACGACUGCCGAGAAGGAUCGCCAAACGCUCAUGUUUUCCGCUACCGUGCCGAAGGACGUUGUGAGCAUCGUUCGCAGCACUCUGAAGCCGGGCUUCAACUUUGCCAAAUGUGUAAGAGACGACGAAGAACCAACACAUACACGCGUGCCACAAAAGUCUGUCAGCUUGGUUGGAUUGGAGAACUGCGUGCCAUCAUUGAUCGAGCUCUGCCAAAAGAGCAUUGAUGCCUCUCGGGAAUCGGACGCGCGUCCAUUUAAGGCCAUUGUCUUUUUCAACAGUACUGCGGAGGUGACGCUCGCAGCCUCGACACUUUUGGCUUUGCAAUCACCCGCUGCUCCGCAAGGCGAUCAAUUUGGUUCUCGAGAUGGUGGACAUCCAUGGUAUCCCACGAAGGUGCUGGAGAUCCAUGCGCGCUUGACUCAAGCACAGCGAACACGAGCAGCGGAGGACUUCCGCAGAGCUUCCUCUGGUAUUCUGCUUUCCUCUGAUGUGACCGCACGAGGAAUGGAUUUUCCUAAUGUUACACAUGUGAUUCAAGUCGGACUCCCACCAAGCAGAGAGCAGUACAUUCACCGUCUUGGCCGCACGGCUCGUGCUGGCAAGGAAGGAGAGGGCUGGAUCUUCCUCAACGAAGUCGAUAAGGCAGAAGCUCGACAUCGACUGAGGGAUCUCAAUCUGACCAAGGACGACACUCUGCAGAUCCCCAAAUUGGACCUCACCAAGCCAGGAGAUGUACCAGCAGAGGCUGGCCGAAUUCUGAGCAUGUACCAAGGAGCAAUCAAGAAGAUACCCAUGGCCGAGAAAGCGAAGGUGUACCUGGCUCAAUUGGGCACGUACCAGUGGUUCCAGCGCAAGCAAGAUCUGAUAAAAAUGAUGAACAAUCUCUCUCGCUUUGGCUGGGGCUUGGCCACGCCGCCGAGUAUUUCGCAUGCACUUGCUCAGAAGCUCAGGAUUGGCCGUAUAGAAGGUGUCAACCUCUCUUCAUCGCACAACAGAGACGACAGGCACUCGUCAAGUGAGGGAAGAGAUGGCGGCUAUGGCCGCAGCAGGUCUGGCGGCGAUCGGGAUGGCGGCUACCGCAGCCGUGACAACGAUCAAGGUGGCUACCGCUCGAAUCGAUCGUUUGGUGGAGACCGCGGUGACAGAAGCUUUGGGGGAGAUCGUUCAAACCGAUCAGGAUUCAGCGGAGAUCGUGGCGACAGAGGCUAUGGAGGUGACCGCAAUGGUGACAGAGGGAGAUACUCGCGCGACAACGAUUUCAACGGACGAGGUCGACGCAACUAUGCAUGAAGAGGGAUGUGAUCACGUCUUUAAUGCAUAGCAACGGCGUUUGGAAGGAUGGUUUGUACAACAAUGAGCUAUACUUUAGAGGCUCGCUCUCCUCGAUUGGGCGAGGCAUGAUACAGUUGUAAAAGUAUGUGUAGUAGUCUUGCUCACCUUCAAAAAGGUGAAGAAUCUCCAAUCAUGAUACCCGUCAAUAUUCGCCGCAGACCA